GAUCAGGUUCACAUUGAGUCUUACCAUACCUCGUCUGAUCUGCCUCGUCGUAUAGUCCUUUCCACUUGCUCCUUCACGUUUCUGAGAGAUCAGUUCUAGAAGUACUUUCACAGGAUUACAAAAGAUGGCCGAGGCUUGCGUGUGGAAAGACGUAUUUAGUAAUGACGAGAGAAUCGUUUUGCAACGAGGUUACUUAAUUACAGGGUUACUAUCAGUGAUAUGUAGUUUCUGGUUAAGCGUGACCCUCCUAUUUACUAACCUUCGAUUUGAUGAUAGUUAUCACAACUUGGCUAAUUUCAUCGUGGUAGCCUGUAUCAGACGUGUUGUACCAAUGUUCCUCCACCUGCCGUUUGUCAACUACAUCGAGACUUUGUACGGAUUUCAAAUAUUCUCUUGUGAACUUUUUGCUUUCGUGGAGACGUUUUUGGCAGUGUUCGAGGUCGAACGCCUGACACACGUCUGCAUUGAAAGAUACGUUGUUUCAAAAUACAUUGCUAAUGGUUGGCAGAUACAAAAGAAACAUUACUACUUAUUUACAUGCCUUUGCUUGUUCUUUUCUUGUCUGUAUUCUAUUCCACCGCUGUUUGGUCUUGGAAAGUAUGGACAUGAUUUCGAUUGUACAUCAUGCACCUUCGACAUGGUACUACCAGAGACUUGGCAGAGAUAUUUCAUUAUCACUAUUUUCUUUCUUCGAAGCGUCAAACCAGCCAUUGUUAUGGUUAUGAUGCUUCUAUGGGCUCGAGUAUUGGAGAAAAAAUGUCCGUGCUGUGUGAGGAAUCAACAUUUCUCUCGUAGUGUUACAGUAAUCACAAUUGUGAAUUUCCUAUGCUGGACACCUAUUGCAGCGAUAAGAGGAUAUGUGGUGUUGUCCUUCUUAAUACAAAUGGAAGUACCGCCUCUACCGUCAGCAGUUUACAUCACAUGGGCCUUAUGGAUACACUGGAUUGCGCCUGCGCUGACUGUUAUAGCACUGUUGCUGGUCGAUGAUCGUGUGCGCAACAAGAUGUUCCACUUGCGAGAUUAUGAAGUUGAAAAUGAUAAUAAUAACAAGAGAGAUUAAAUUUAUUCUAAAUAUGAAAUGUAUUUAGUUUUUACUAAUAUUAUUUACAUAUCAAAUGUCUACAUCUGAAAAUAAAUAGGUAUCUACAAUCUUUAAAAUCGUCCCCAACAGUUUGUUUGUACUGUAUCUAGGUAUCAUUAAUUAAGACUUGGUAAAACUUACAUACAUUAUUAGAUGGAAUAAGAGUGAGUAAGAAAUAUAUAAUUCCAAUGCUUUUUAUUUUAGUUUACCAAUUGUUCUUGAGCAGUCCAGUAAAUUAGAUAUUAUAACAAAUUAACGCCACUUCUAAGUUCGAUUUUGUAAAAAAAUCGCUAUCUUUACACUUUAGUUGUAUGUGUUAUUAUGUUCAUAAGUUUAUGUCCUCGUACCAACGUAAGUGUAAUGUGUAUGGUACCAUGUGCAUUUAUUUCUAUAGGAAUAAAUAAUGAAGGUCUACCGGCGAAGGUUUUAUUGCAUGUGACUAUUGUAACAAUUACCUACCUUUAUACUCGAUUUCCUUGAUUCAAAGAGCCAAGUACCUACUCAGACAGUUAUUCCUUUGAGUUGCUAAGGCUUUGCGUGAUGAGAAACACAAGUUGUCGUGCACUAGAUUGCUAAGUAGUAAUUAUAGAAAUCAAUAAUGUUUGUAAAAAUAAUUGUCACAUUUUUCCAUUAUGGCUUAUGGCAUAUAUUUUACCUUAUGAAAAUAUACGUAGGUAAUUAGAUUAGAGAUGUAUGGCUAGGAGGUAAGGGUUACAGGAUUAAAAACAAACGUCGAGACACUUUAAAUAUAUUAUAAUUUUAGAUAUUUAUGUAUAGUAUACAUAAUAUAAUAGUAACAUUAAAUAAUGCGUGGAACCGUAUUAAAUACGAUUACAAGAUUGCCAACAAUACAAUACAAAGUGAAAAGAUUUGUACGAAGAAUAUCAGCGCAGUCCAGUUACACAGUACAUAAGUAUGAUACAUUGUAUGGUUAGAUACCUAAUUCAGUCGAAAUGUACAUUACUUGUAUACUUUAGUGAAGGAAGAUUAUGAAUCCAACCUAGUCCUAACCGAAAAAUUAUGCUACUGAACACAACGUGGAAAUAAUUCCUACUUAAAAAGAAAAUAACAGUUGCCCAAGAAGUUAAUGAGAUGGCUGAAAUAUUAGGUAGUUGAUCAAUUACUUCUAAACUUGCAAAAAGCACAAUAUGCCUUUACUAGGUACUUCUGAUGACAUCACAUCCUACCCACGAUUGGUCCACAGUAAGGCCAUGUAUUAUGGUCUAAGGUUGCACGCACACAGUACAGCACAGACUAGUCAAUAUUUAUCCCAAGAAACUAUUCACUUGUGUACUUCAAUUCAUUGAUAGUGCUAAAUAACAGCCAAAUUUAAUUUUAUACAUUUCUCCAAGAAAAUUCGGUCUACUAUCAACAUUUUACAGUAAUCCUAUCUAUACAAUAAGAUUAAUUGUGUAUUAUACAUAGAUAUAUUUAGAUUAUACACCUUACUACUUAUAGCUAAUUAAAUCGAUCGGUUGCAGUUCAUAGGAAACGUAUUAUAGCGGCACUUUAAAUAUUACAAGUUUUGAUAAAACAAAUUGAUACAAAGAUGAAAAUAAACAUUUAUAUUGCACCUUUAUUUCUUAUUAUCUACGUAUUCACAGAUCACGCACGCACACAACACUUCCUCUGGAAUGGGUUCGAUAGUCGAUAUCGAAACGUUCGUCGCAUUCAUCCAUCUCAUCGA